UACUUGAUGUUCAAGAAGAUGUGCACGAGGGAUGAAGACCCCGCCAGGGCCACCACCGUGAAACAAGCUGCUGCCAUCAUCGGCCAAGACGGGAAUGUCUGGGCCCAGACCACCAAUUUCCCCAAGCUUACGAUUGAAGAGAGAAUCGCCAUCAUGCGCGAAUUCGAUGAACCUGGGAUGCUCACUACCAUCGGACUCUACCUUGGCGGCACCAAGUACGUGGUGAUCGGAGUCAAACCUGGUGAUGUUAUUCGGGCACAUAAGUGGCCUCAAGGUGUGACCAUCAAGAAGACAGGUGCGGCCUUGGUCAUUGGCAUCUAUAGCAACCAUGCAACUUCUAAUAUGUGCAACGUGAUUGUUGAGAGGGUGGGUGAUGACUUAAUCAAGCGGGGCUAUUAGGCACGUCCGAUUGCAUCAUUCCUUCCCAUCUGGAAUCUUUGCAUUCUCUCGAUGCAAGUAUAUAG